AUGUGCAUUGAGAAACAACUGAACUUACCGGGCGUGUGUGUUUGGGACGGAAUUCACACCACAGGGUUAGUCGGGCUGUACUUUUUUGACAACACUGUCACUGGGCAAACGUACCUAGAUAUGCUGGAGGACCUACGUGGGCAGAUGGAUGAAGACCCUGAACUGACAAGCAUUGUCCAUUUCAUGCAAGACGGCGCCCCACCGCACUACGCGCUCAUUGUGCGUCAGUUUCUAGAUGUGUGUUUCGGUGAUUGGAUUGGUAGGCGUGGAAAAAUUGAGUGGCCAGCACGAUUCUGUGACCUAACACCCUGCGAUUUCUUUCUCUGGGGCCUACUGAAGGAUCGCGUCUUUUCCAGGAAUCCGCUCACGCUCCCAGACUUAAAAAAAAUCAUCGAGGAAGAAUUUGACGAACUCCGGACACAGGUCGAAAUCCUGCGCCGCACAUGCGGUUCUGUGGACUCUCGUUGCCGCAGUUGCAUCGAAAAAGAUGGUCAUCAGUUCGAGCAUACCCAGUGA